CGAUGGGCUUGAGUGGACCCCACCUUUCUCGCCGAUACAAAGCAGAAAAGCCCUCACAAAAACCCUAACCUUCGCCCACUGUCCUCCGCUAAACCCUAAAUCACCGUCCCUAAGAAGGAUGGGUCGCCGCAAAGGAAGCAACACGGCUCAGACCUCCACAAACUCUUCGAACCAAUUCGAAGGAACCAAGAUUCGAUUCCAAGACGCCGAAGACGAUGCAGUCGCUACCGACAGCUCCAAUCUCGACGAAUCAGUUCUCGCGGUUGAUAAAGCUACUGAAGAUGUCUCCAUGGGAGAGCCCGAAGUCUCCUUGGUAGAUAGUGAUGAUAAAACCAGUGCUGAUUAUUACUUCGACUCGUACUCUCAUUUCGGAAUUCAUGAAGAAAUGCUGAAGGAUGGAGUGCGAACUAAGACAUAUCAAAACGUUAUUUAUCAGAAUAAAUUUCUGUUCAAGAACAAAGUAGUUCUUGAUGUGGGAGCUGGAACUGGAAUUUUGUCCUUGUUUUGUGCGAAGGCAGGGGCUGCACAUGUUUAUGCAGUUGAGUGCUCUCAGAUGGCUGACAUGGCUAAACAAAUUGUUGAAACAAAUGGCUUGUCUGAUGUUGUUACAGUUUUGAAGGGAAAGAUUGAAGAGAUUGAGCUUCCUGUUGCCAAAGUAGAUAUAAUUAUAUCAGAGUGGAUGGGUUACUUUUUGGUGUUUGAGAAUAUGUUGAAUACAGUGUUAUAUGCUCGUGAUAAAUGGCUCGUCAACGAUGGUGUUGUGCUACCUGAUAAGGCUUCUCUAUACCUGACAGCAAUUGAGGAUGCAGAUUACAAAGAUGACAAGAUCGAAUUUUGGAAUAAUGUUUAUGGGUUUGACAUGAGUUGCAUCAAAAAACAAGCUAUGAUGGAACCUCUUGUGGACACAGUUGACCAGAAUCAAAUUGUGACAAAUAGCCACCUUCUCAAGACGAUGGAUAUCUCCAAGAUGGCUCCUGGUGAUGCUUCUUUCACUGCAUCUUUUAAGCUCGUUGCACAACGUGACGAUUACAUCCAUGCUUUCGUUGCUUACUUCGAUGUAUCAUUUACCAAGUGCCACAAGUUGAUGGGCUUCUCCACAGGGCCGAAAUCGCGAGCUACACACUGGAAGCAAACAGUCCUUUACCUAGAGGAUGUGCUAACCAUUUGCGAAGGGGAGGCAAUAGUUGGGAGCAUGACUGUUGCACCAAACAAGAAGAACCCGAGAGACGUCGAUAUAAUGGUGAAAUAUUCAUUGAACGGUCGACGUUGUGUGGUUUCGAGAGUUCAGUCCUACAAGAUGCGCUGAUAUUGUCGACAAUAAGUAAUCUCACGAGGAGCUGUAUGGCAUAGGCUGCUGGUGCUAUUCUUAGUGCAUUUGUAUUCCAGAUUUCCUCGACUGCUCAAGAACGAGACAAU